AUCUAUAGUUUGCACAAAUUUUAAACGAACAGCCCUAUUGUCUUCGUUAAUUUUAUGCUUGAUUUAAAGACAUGUCUCUGCAGAGUUCGUCUAUACCAUGAAAACUAUUUUUUUCAUAUGAGACAGAGGGAAAUAAAAAUAGUCAUGUUGACGCAAAACGGUAGACGCACCGUAAAGAAUCAAAAAAAAAAAAAAAAAAAAAUAAGCAUCUAAUAAGUGAGCUGAAAAAUGAUAAUUGAGGAAAGCGUUUAUAGAUUGUGUGGCGCAGGGUGGAAGAAGAAGAAUCAGUAGGAAGAAACGAGAUUUGCAGUAUAAACAGCAGACAGACAGUCUUGAGAAGCGGGUGCGGGAGGUUAAAAAGAAGGCAGUGGACUGAGAGAGAGAGAGUGAGAGAGAAACAAGUGAUGGCGGGAUGAGAGAGGGUGUUGAAUGAAAGGGGACAAACGGAAGAAUGAAGAUCAGUAUGAGUGAGAUGGGGAGAAGAUCGCGCGUGCGGCUCUUUGGUUGUUAGGUCGUUGUUACACAGGUUCUUAGGCUGUCCCGGAGACCGCCGCGUCGCGCGCGCGACGUUCCCUGCGCGCGCAAAGCCUCAACCGGCGUCCACAAGGGGCGCUAGCUCUGUGGCCGGCCUUUGCCUUCCAAGAGCGGGACGUUCAGUCUAAUUUGAACCGUCGCGUGUAUCCGUAUCGGCGGUUGCGACAAUCUUUUUUUUUUCCCACAUUCGAAAAUCCCCACACAACCCACGAGGUUUCAAAUAAUGUUCUCUCUGAAAUUAUCCCCACACUUUCCAUCAUUUUAAUUCUAUAUUUUAAAAAAUCAAUCGCUUCUUUUCGGAAAAAAGUGUGUUCCACAACCCCCCUCUAGUUUUUCUUUGUGUGUAACCACGUGUUUGAAAUUUUUUUACCGAAAUGUGUUUUUUUCUUCUUCUAUUUUUCUUUUUCUAGGCUUUUGAUGACAAUUUUUGCAGACUGGGAAAAUUGAGAGAGAGAGAGAGUGUGGUGCGUGUGCGAUGAUAUUUAAAUAGCAGCGGCGAAGAUUCAAAGAGGCAGACGACACGCAGAUCCUUCUUCGUAAAGUGCAAUGCGAUAUUCUUGGUUUAAAACAGUGUCAACUAUUUUAUUUUUACAGUUAUAAAAUUAAUAUUUCAAUUUUCGAAUUUUAGAAACAAUGAAAAAGGAUUUGAAUAGGAAAAGAAGAGUAAAAUAAAAAAUUGGGGUUUUGUGGUAAGUGCCUUUAAUAGGCCCGGACCCAGUGUGUGUGUGUUUGUGUGUUUGUGUGUGCGGUGACCCGCAAACUCUUUCUCAAAAUGAAGAGUAAAACGGUACCGCAUAAGGCUAGACACCCUCAAAACUGUCUGGGAAUUCUCACCACUUACCAAUGGUACAACACUUCUUGAAAUAAACACAACAUUUUUUUUUUUGACUCAAGAAGUCACCUCUUCAUGAAUGCAGUCGGGAAAUUUACAUUUAAAAGUUAAUUUUUUAUUUUCGUUUUCUAAACCCGGUAAAUUUGUAAUCUUUGAAAAACAAGAAGGGACGAUAAAAAAUCUAAAGAACAAUUCAGGGUGAGGCGCCGGAAACCCUUUAAUUCGGGGGUAGUAGAGGUCACCUCACCCCGAUAAAAACAAAAAAACAACAACAAACCCCAAAAUUUUAGAUGAUGUUGGGAUCAUUGAUAAUUGUUGGAAUCUUGAGCUGUUGGGGCGCCAUUGCAUUUGCCUCGGCACCCCCAACAAAGCUUUCAAGUUUCCCAAAGAUUCCCUCCAAUGAAAAAUUGCAAAACUCUCCUCAAGCCUUUGUUUAUCAUCAUAAUUCCAAAGUUAAACUAGAUUUAGCAAAUUUUUACACUUACAAUGAAAGAACAGUGGAAAACAUAAUGAAUCAUUGGAAAAAUGAUGAUGAUGAUGAUGAUGAUGAGAGUAAAUUAUUCCAAAUGCCAAGAAUUGAAAGAUCAUUGAUUGCGUCGAGGAAAAAUCGUACAAAAUCAGAAUCACCACGUGAGCAGAGACGACGUUGUCGUAUGAAAAACAAUUGUCGUGGUAGAAAUUGGUGUCCUGAUAUGGACGUUGGAAAUAGGGCAUUUCUCGCGCCGACUGUGUUUGAAGGGAAGGCGAGAAGUAUGUCCUCCCUUAGAAAGCCGGGAUCAAAUUAUGCCGUUACAUUUGAGGUGAGACAGGUUUACAAGAGUCAGACUGGCUUUGUGCCUCUGCAGAAGAAUGAUAGCGUCAGAUUGCACUUCCGCGACAAGGUCACACCGAGCAAGUCAACACUCUGUGGAUAUGAAGACAACAACAACAACAACAAUAAUAAUAAUAAUAACAACAACAACAACGCUGGAAUUCAGCAACGAGAUAAUCGAAGUGGAGUGGUGAGAGCCAAUAUUAAAAGGGGUAAAGUGUAUCUAGUGUUUGUGAAUCGCGUAGGACCAAGAAACUUUACUAUCCUCGGCGAGCCAGUGAUACGCAGCAAGAAGAAUGAACAGGCAGUGCAGGCGGUCACUCGUCCGGAUUAUGGUAUGAAAAUUGGAAAAUUUUAAACCAAUUUCUUAUUCAGGUCAACUUUAGGGUCAAUCGGUU